AUGGGCUUGCCAGCAAUUACGGACCUGGAAAGGGCUUCGGAGGUUCCAAGCGUGGCCGUCCACCGCAGCCGAAGGAAAACGCGCCACAGAAGCGCCCCGAUGCAGAGCCCCGCGGAGCUCCAGCCGGCCCACGGCAACAGGCAUCCGUAUCAGAUACACCCAGGGGGGCCUGCCGGACCCAGCAGCCGGAGCGGUAGCAAGGGUUCUGCUAACGCCACUGCCACCGCCACCGGCGGCACCGGCGCCGGCCUCGCCUCGAAGAUCCUCGCCGCUGCGGAAUGGCGCCAGUUGACGGACCUGGUGAUCCAGUCGCUGGCCCCAGUCCAGACGCCUUCGGAUCGGGCCGCCGCCGCCGCCGUCCCCAGCAAUGCCUCUGACGCUGCUGCCGGACCUGAUGGUGAGGAUCUCUCUCCCGCCAGCACACUAGGGAAGGGCCAGGGCACUAUCCAACAGGACACCACCGCUGCGGCAGCGGCAGCAGGGGGGAAUCCGCCAGGGCCGCCAGAGUCGGGGCGCCGCUGCCAGCUCUCUGAGUCAGAUCUGCUGCUGGUGUUGUGGCGACUGGUUUGCAGUGGGGUGCUACGGCCGGGCGGAAUGUGGCAGCAGCAGCCGCAGCCGCAGCAGAGCCUGAGAUCCGGAGUGGCCCGACCCGGGCUUCUGCCACCGCCGCUGCUGCCGCCGCCGCCGCCCUCCGCCCUGCCGUCCAUGUCCACGGGUUUACAGUCGCAGCAACUGUGGCCAGGGGCCGCGGCGGGACUCCAGUGGCUUGCGCCUUCCCCUUUCUCCCCGUUCAAGUCGGGCCCGACGUACGGCCUGAUGGAUCCGCUGACCGGGGGCCUUACGACAGGGGGCUGGGGGCCCCGCAACGGGGAAGGAGCUCGCCGGGGCCGGGAGUCCUCCGAGGAUGACUCUCUGCUGCCCUCCGGGUUUCGGAGCCCCAGGGCCCCCACGGCAGCGGUGCUGCCGCCGCCGCCGCCGGCCGCCCUGACGGGCAGCAGCGUGGCGCGGCAGAGGUGCCUGGCGGCCGUGUCUGCGGCGGCUCGGCAGCUGGCGCCCGGGAUGAGCCCGCGGUCUCUGGUGGCGGCCCUGGAGCUGCUGGCCCACUGGACCCGGGCCGUGGGGGGGCCCCAGGUGGAUGAGAGGACCUCCGUCCGCGGGCGGGGUGGCGGCGGUGGGGACGAUGAGGACGCGAUGUGGCAGCUUGCAGAGCCCUUUCUCGCAGCUGUCGCCACGUCUGCGUCCUCCACAUCGCAGUGGGGACCCUCGGAGCUGCUGGCGGUGGGCGCCGUGAUCCUAUCAUCCCUGGAGCAGCUGCUGCUGCCAGCCCCUGCGCCGCCGCUACUGCCGCUCGGCCCCCGCUCGGAGCCGGAGUCUCGAGGGCAGCAGCAGCCGUACGAGCAGGACGAGCAGAUGGUGGUUUGGCCAGGGGGAGAGGGGUGGGGCGCUCAGGGGGAGAGGGUUGAGGUGGGGGGGAAAGGGGAGAGGGCCGGAGAAGGCGAGGGCUGCUGGCUGGCGGCCGAGUGGGUGGGGAUGCUGUGGGCGGAGGUGAUGGGCAAGGCGGCCUCGUUGGACUCGGCGGGGUGUGUGGGUGCCCUCCUGGAGCUGACCUGGUACGUGGAGGUCGGGGGGGGGACACGGCCGCACGCGCAGCAGGAGCGAGCAGGCGGUGUGGCGACAGGCGUUGGGCGUGUACGGCAGUUGACAGCGACUCUAUUUCAUUAUUUGCCGCCCCAGCUGGCAGGAUGCAGCCCAGACCACCUGGCGGCUGCGAUGACCGCCGCCGCGACGCUGCAUGAGUAUGGCUGCGUCGCUACCGCAGCGGUGCAGCUCCAAUACACCUCGCCCUCGCCCUCGGCCCCCAAGGCCCAGGUUGAUAGUGCCGCUGGUGUCCAAGACGGCCUGGACAAGCACCAGCACCAGCAGCAAGCGGCCCCCAGGGGCUCCACCCACCUCAUAUUGGAACCGGCUGCUCGGGCCCUGCUACGACACGUCCGCUCGCACAGGCUCACCCUGCCGCAGCUCGGCGCCUGCGUCACAGCGCUGGCUAGGCUCGUCACAUCGGGAACGCCACCGCCGCCGGGAGGGACGGCGACGGCGCGAGCGUCGCGUACGGCAGCUAGUCAGGAUGGAACCACAGACCCGGCGGCGCCGUCGCCUGCACCGCCGGCCGCUGCGGCCCUGGCUUCCCUCCUCCUGGAGGUGCCGCCGGAGGUGCUUCGCUGCGCAGUGGGGGGCCGACUUAAGGGCGAGGAAGAAGGCAUUGGCAGGAGGGUGAUGGGGUCCGGAGGCGGCGGCGGCGGCGGCGCGCUGGGACCGGAGGGCCUGGCGUGGCUCCUGCCGUUGGAGGCGUCAUUGGUGGCGCUGGAGGAGGAGCUCUUGCCGCGGUUGCCGCUGCUGCGGCAGCUUCUGCAAAGCAAGCAGCAGCAGCAAGUUGAUGUGCAAGAAGAGGCGGUGGGAGGCGCGGUGGUGGAGCCAGGGCCGGCCGCGGCAAGCGGAUAUGAAAGUGCCCGGGGAACGGGGGGACGAGGCCUGGCGGCCCGCGUCAUUGCGGCAGUCCUGGGAGGGGUACGACAACUAAGUCUGACCCAGCUGCUGCACCUGGCGGCAGCCUCACAGCAACCUCAGACCAGCAGGCUCUUCUCAGAGGCGGCGCGGCGCGAUAUCGUACUUGCACUCGUGGAGUCACCGCUGGCGUCGCCGUCGCCGCCACAACCUGCUGCUCCGUCGCGUGCUGGCGGCCCACGGCGCUUCCCCCCCUUGCCGCCACCGCCGCCGCCGCAGCAGCAGUAUGCAGCAUCGAUAUUGGCGGUGCUGCCAGAGGUCGUACAAUCGCUGCGGCCGGAGUCACUGGUGGCCGUACUCUGCGCAGCGGCACGACGGCAAGCGCACUUCGACGCGUGCCGGUUGGCGGAGCAGCGGGAGCCGCUGCAGCCGCCGCAGCGUCGGCGGGAGUCGCGGCAUCAUCUGCCUGCGGAUCUCAUUGCCGCUGUCGCCCUGUCGGCUGCGCUGUCGCGGCUGCUGGACUUGGCAUCUCCGGAGUCGCAGCCGGGGUUCAUGGACGCGCCCAGGCGCACUGCCGCCGGCGCGGAGCUGUCCACGGACCAGUGGUGUGAUGCGCUGGCUGCUAUCGCUCAGGCGGCACAUGCACUUGCGGCGCCGCCAGCGCUGCUCCCGAGCUCGCCAGCCGCCGCCGGGCUAGGUGCAGGUGAGAGCAGGGCUGUAGCUCUCACACCGGUGACAUUGCUACAGCUCCUUAAUGCGCUGCGACCUGUGUGGCCGGCAAUGCGCCCGUCGCAGGCCGUGGCUGCGUUCACACAGCUCGCAGACCUCCACGAGGCGGUACAGCUGAUGUCGGAUGCUAGGGAAAGCGACAACGGCGGCGGUGGUGGAGGCAUCGGCGACGACGGCUCCGCCGGCGCUGUGACUGGAGGGCCGCCGUCGCCGUCAUCGCCACAGAAAAGCAGCGCUGCCAGGGGGGGUUCAGUGGCGGCAGCGGCGGCGGCUAUGGGGCCGGGCCCUGCGGACUGGCACGUGGCACAGCGUGCGGUGGCGGCGACGGCGCGACGCCUGACGGCACGAGAGCUGGCGGCGAUGGUGACGGCGGCAGCACGUCUAGCGGCGGUGGCGCCGCUGUGCGAUGAGUGGAUGGAGGCGCUGACGCAAGUCUUGCUGGCGCCCCCGCCGGCGCCGGCGCCACUGGCGGGUGGCCUGGCAGCGCUGGACUCUGUGUCGGCUCUGGAGUUGCUGCGGGGCUGUGUAGAGCUCAAGGCGGCUGCAGGACCGGACCAGGACGGCAUUAUGCUGCCGGUACUGCCGGUGCUAGAGCGGCUCGGGGUGUCGUGCAGCGACGUCUGUCGGCUACUACCGCGGCUGGCGGUGCUGGUGACGGAGCCGCCCCUCGCCGCUAUCGUGGGCACCUCCGCGCUGCCGCUGCUGGGCUAUCUGCAGCGCACGGCGUUCUCUGGAGCGCGACUUGGUGACCUGCUGGCAGCGCUGACGGGUCUGUCGCGGCUGAUGCUGCGGCCGGAGCCCGCCUGGUCUGCGGCUCUGUGCGCCGCUACGAUGCCGCUGCUGCGCAACCCGGCCACCGCCCUGACCGACCAGGCGGCGCUGGCCCACGCCAUGGCACAGGCGUGGGUGAUGCCCACACCGGAAUGGCACCAGCUGCUGAUGGCGGCUACGGGGGAGCGGAUGGCCCGUGGCAGCGGCAGCGGCAGCAGCGGGAAGGGUCAGGCGUUAGAGCAGCUAUUAUGGGCCCAGGCAAUUUGGUACCGCCGCAGCAGUGCCGCUGGUGGACCUGGCGAUGAGGGCACCGGUGCUGAAAGUGGCUGUGCUGUGAGCAGUGGCGGCAGCAGCGCUGGUGAUGGCAGUGGCAGUGCUGGUGCCGGUGUUGGUGCGGGCAGCUAUGUGUUUAAAGCUCCCGGCGGCUGGUUGGACCAGCUGGUGGCGGCCAGUGUGCCGCUGCUCCCGAGCGCCUCUCCGCAAGUUCCAGCCAACAUGCUGUACGUGUGUAACGCGCUGGGGUACGACCCAGGUCCCGACUUCAUCUCGGCGCUGCUGCAGGGCAGCACCGCCUCCCUGUCCGCCUUCACCGGGCCGCAGCUCUCCCGGCUGGCGCACGGCCUGGCUCGACUGGGCUACCAGCCCGAAGACCCGUGGGUCACGGCGCUACAAUUGUCAGCCGCCAGGGCACUGCACGAGUGCGACACACACGACCUGGCAGACCUGCUGGAGGGGGUGCUACUGCUGGAAAUGGGGCGCGAGGUGGAGGCAGUAGCAGCAGCAGCGGAUGGGGGGGUAGUGGAGCAGGGUGAGACAGCGGGUGCUGGCUUCGGGCGGAACUCCAGGGAGGAUCACCUGGAAGCUGAUGAGGACCCGGACGCGGAGGAUUUGAAUCCGGAACUGGAUCUGGAUUUUGAGUCAGAUUUGGACGGUUCGGAUCUCGACGCGGCCUUGGAUGCGCUCCUUUCGGAUCCAGAUUUUGAUGUUCCCGCCAUAGAGCUGUUCCUUAUUGAGUUCUGGGAAGCCAGCGCCGGUCAACUGUCCGCGGAUGCCAUGCUGAUGUCUGAGGCGGUUGCCCGGCGGCGGAGUCAACCCCCUGAGUUGUUUCGCACUGUUCCUAUGUCCCGCCGCCAAGACCUCCAAAUGGUGGAGCGCCUGAAGGCGGAGUUUCGCGAGCGCAUCACUGACCCACAGGUCGGUCCCUUCUGGCGUUACUGGACCGAACAAGUCCCCUUCCUAGACCCCUCCCUGGUAGCUCCAGACUCCGUGCUGGCUGAUGAGCUGGCCGACCUGGCGCCGCCGCUGUUCGACGGUGCCGCCACCGGCACCGACUCGCUUCCGCGCCUCCAGCGCUUCCUCACGUGGGCCGUCCUCCGUACGGGCGAACUGCCGGCGCCGCUGCCGGAGGGCGUCUCGCCAUGGGCGGGGCAUAUGGCGGCGCGAUGUGUUGAGCUGCUAGGAGGCCCGCGGGCCGCAGCGGCGCUGCCGGCGCCGGCACCAGUGGCAGAAGCGGCGGCGGCAGGUGAGCUCGUGCCGCCGCCACCGCGGCACCUUCGGCGUGAGAAUGGCGGCGGUGUCGUGCGUGUGGCUCCCCCGGUGGACUGGGUUUCGGUGCUGCAGCUGAGCCAGGUGGGGGCCAUGCUGUUAGCGGGCGGAGUGUGGUCGCAGCGGCGGCAGCUGUUGCGGACGGCCCAGGCGGCGGUGACGUGGGCCUCGCCGCCGCUGGCAGAAUGGGGCGAGGCAUUUCUGCGGGCCAGCCGUACCGCCUUUUUCGGCGACAGCGCACAAGAAAUGGCGGCGGCGGCUUCAGCCGAGAGGUCAGCAGGAGGGAGCGGCCCUAGCAAUGGCCAUGGUGGAGCUCCAGGGGGUGCCGCGGCACGGUAUGGAGAUCCAGGGUCGCAGGCGACGGAAGCGGCGUCCGGCACUGCUGCUGGCUCAACAACAGGCGGGUCUCGGCCGUUGGAGGUUGGAGAGUUGUUGGAGCUGUUGAUGUCCGUACUGGCGCUGGACCUGGCCCCGGGGUCCAGCUGGCUGGGGGCUGCGGAGGCCGCCAGCUUGCCCCUGCUGCGGGGCUGCCAGGCUGAGGAGGCGGUUGCGCUGGCAUUGGCGCUGCAGCGACUGGGUCAUGCGCCGGGGCGCGAGUGGGCGGCUGCACUGCUGUCGGCGACUCGGGCCAUGGGGACUCGGCGUGCGGCCCUGUCCGCAGUGAGUGUGGCGGCGCUCCUGGUGUGCCUAUGGGACCUGCGAGUGCGACCCACAGAUGCAUGGCUGGACGAUGCGCUGGCUGCAUUGGUCGGAAGGCAGGGGGAGCUGCCCGCGACCCUAUUGGCGAGGUUGCUUGCUACGCUUGCUGGUUUCGAGGUGCGGCCCUCCAGUGAGUGGCUGGCGCCGGCGGUUGAAGGCUUUUGGGGCAGCCUGGAGGAGCUGCUAAUGUUUAGCCAGGAUGUCGAACCGCUGGUGCAGGGGCUGGGUGCCAUCAGCGCGUUGGAGAUGCCGGUAAAGCAGAGCCACUUGACGGCGCUGCUGGCUCUCCUGUCCAAGCGCCUAGGCCUUGGGGAAGGCGCUGCGGCGGCGGAGUUUUCGGAUACGGGGGACACGCCGACUAGUGCAGCGAGUGCAACGGCUGCGAGCGUGGCUCGCGUACUUAUUUGCUUGGCAGGAAUGCGGCGUGCUACGCCAAGUCGUUCCAAUCGCAAUACAUUAGACGCGAUUUUCACGGCUGUGGCGGAAAGAUUGCCGGUCUCAGGGCCUCUUACACCGAAGCUGCUGGACAGCUGGGACAAGUUAGUGCCCCCGAGGCACCCCUCUUUGACGAAAGGCCAUGGCGAGCACAAGAAUAGCAAGGCCAGUAGGCGUGGACCUAUGGACGAGAUGAGGCAGCUGGUUAGGAUUCUAGUAAAGCUUAUGCCGGAGUCGAGCCGUUUCUUGACCGUACCUGACGAAGGCGGAGGCGGUAACAGAGUGAAGGAGGAGCACAUAAAGGAUUACCUGAACAAAGUCCUAGGCCGCAGCCAGGACCUGCGCGAUGACGGGCCGCCAUAUCCCGAUUGGGGCCUCGUUAACGGCUGGGCUGCUUAUCUAAGCGAGCUGUUUACGUGGGCGCGCGGAGCGCCGAUCACGCCUGACCAGGCGCUGCGGUGUGCACGGCGCCUACCCGGCCGAAGUUGGGAGACGCUGAACGAUGAGCUGGAGAAGCUCCGCCUGUGCCCGCAAGCCUGGCCAUUGCCGCUCCGGAAGGAAGCUGUACGUGAAGUCCAGAAAAAAUAUGAGGAGACGGGGCAACUGCCGCCGGUAGUCCAGCGGCCGCCGGCGCCAGUGCAGCUUGCCGCUACAGUGGGGCCGCAGCUCAUGCUGGUGGACGCGUCUGCGGUGGCAGCGGGAGCCGUGGCAGCGGGGCCUGGAGACUUCGGCCAGCUGAACAGCGUAGACGCCCAGCCCGGAGUGAAGCGGUUACUUGGCAAUGGUCACUUGGGCGAGAUUGACGUCGUGCAGGCAAGUGCGCAGCCUGUGCAGCAGUCGGUUCAAGUCGCCGGCGCGCAGGGCGGCCAGGCAGUAUACACGCAAGUCGCCGGGCAUUUCGCGCAGCAUGCUCCCCAUGGAUUGGCGGCAGCGGCGUGGCCCCCGCAGCCUCCAGCUCCGAAACGGCGGAAAAAGCCCGGCAGCAGCGGCAUGGAUUUUAUCAACCUCUCCGAAUACAGCGAGCUGGAGCUCUGGCAUCUGGCGCUCAAGGUACUACAGGAGGCCGAGUCCAAGCGCAACACCACGUCGUCUAACAAGCUGGGUGACCUGCAGACAACCCACGACAUGGUGCGCCGCGUGGUGGAGAGGUUCACGCCCAGCGCUGGUGCCAGCGGAGUGGUGAGCCUGAGCGCGCCCAUGGUGGGACCGCCAGCUGGUGUCACCCCAGGCUACCCUGCGCAAACAGCCCACCAGGCCCAGGCGGCGGCGGCACCGGGGGGGCCGCCGGCGCUUGUAGCCAUGGCACCGAGCCCGUCCACGUCGGGUAAUGCGGCUGCUGCUGCUGCUGCUGCUGCUGCUAGCAUGGAUACGGCGGCGCAGCUGAAGGCGAGGUUGAUGGUGCUGCCGCAGGGAGGCCUGGCCGGUGCUCCGCCAGGGCCGCAGUCUAGCGCUUCACAAGGCCAGCAGGCACAGGGGACACCUGGUACUUUGUCGGGAGUCUCCGGUCAGGCACAGACGGCCGCGUCGCUCACAACCAUUCAACAGCCCGUUGCAUCCCAUCAGCUUCAGGGUUAUGCCGGGCUGGCGCCGGUGCUUACACCGCCUCAGCAACCGCCUCAGCAUCUGCAGCCCAGCCAGCAGACGCUCCCGGCGCCACCGCAGCAAACGCAGCAGCAGGCGUCACCGCAACAGCAGCAGCAACAGCAGCCGACAACAUCACAGCAGCAACAGCAGCCUGCUGCCGCCGUGCCCGCGGCGUCUGGGGGGCCGACCACUUCGGGUCGUCAUGAAGGGGGUAGUGUUGCUAAGCCCACGACGACGUCGGACACUGGUACCAAGGUGCUUACAACAAAGGAAACGUGCAGGGAGGCGUCCAGCCGGCCAGGGGAUGUCCGGCUCGCAAGCAGUGCAUUCCAAAAGUACGAGAACCAAAAAUUGUCCGAAAAGUUUGACAAUUCGAAGUACGAAAAGGGAAGCGGGGGCCUGGAGGCUUUGGCUGCGGCGGCGGCGGAGCUCGGGGAGCGGUGUGGUGCGGAGCAGGAGGAUCAAGACGCCAAGCGCCGGGCGCCCUCGUCGGAUACAGGAGCAGCUUCUCCAACGUUAGCCCUCUCAAGCGGUCAGCAUGCGUCCCACCAGAGCGUUCUCAGCGGUGCUGAGCACCAGAUGGGUGCACGCGCUGGUGGUGGAGCGGCCUCCCCGUCACAACAACCGGAGCAGCGAAGAGGGGAGGAUAAGGCCAGCGGGCGAGGAGCAGUGACCACAGCCAUGGAGGAGAUGGACGAGACAGAGACUCGGGGGACCCAUCACCUGGCACCCCCAGCGGACUCAGUAGCCAGUCCUCAGACGCUCAUCUACCACUUGCUACCGCCGGUCGAGAGCUUGGCAGCGCUGGCACAUCGUGGCAUUGUGCCCAUGCCGUAUCCCGCCCAGCUGGGACUGGGCCAACAAAUAAUUAACACGGGGCAGCAGUACCUGCUCGUCACGGGGCAAAUGCCCUCGCUUGUGACGAGCCAGAUGCAGGGGCAGUACGUCCUUGCAGCUGCGCCGGCCACGGCCACCAUCAGCGCGAGCGUUCCCAUUGGCGUGUCGUCGCCGGCGGUCGUACAGCCGCAAGUCGUACAACCGUAG